ACAAUGAGCUGGGAGUGUCCAGUCCAGUCCAAGUUCCAAAUGACCAGUUAGAUUCUUCAUCAUCAACGGGCGCUUCCACCGAUGCUAACAUGGCCCGACUCCGAGGGACUGCUGCGUGGGUUGCAAGAUACAAUGAUGACCAGCAGUUUGUCCAAGUCGACCUGAAGCAACCAACACGGAUCUCUGGUAUAGUCCUACAGGGCAAUCCCCUCACAGCAAAGUGGGUCACCAAGUAUGUGGUGUUGGUCAGUGACGAUGGAGUCAAUUUUACCCCUUAUCAUGAGACUGGCUCUGCUGAGGAGAUGGUUUUUGUUGGAAGUCAUGACCAAAAUACACCUGUCAAAGCUCGAUUUGACAGAGAAAUCCUAACCAACUUUGUCCGCAUACAGCCUCGUAAAUGGCAAGGUGGCAUUUCUCUACGAUUUGAUGUUCUCAGCUGUUACAAGACCUUGCUGUCUACAGCUAAUCCAGGAUUAGGACCCAAUGGUCAGCCUACAGCAGGUCCAGGACUAGGACCAAAUGGUCAGCCCACAGCAGGUCCAGGAUUUGGACCUAAUGGUCAUCCGACAGCAGGCCCAGGCCUAGGACCCAAUGGUCAACCAACAGCUGGUCCAGGAGUAGGACCCAAUGGUCAGCCAACAGCUGGUCCAGGAGUAGGACCUAAUGGUCACCCUACAGCAGGCCCAGGCCUAGGACCAAAUGGUCAGCCAACAGCUGGUCCAGGAUUCGGACCUAAUGGUCAGCCCACAGCAGGCCCAGGCCUAGGACCCAAUGGUCAGCCCACAGCUGGUCCAGGAUUUGGACCUAAUGGUCAUCCGACAGCAGGCCCAGGCCUAGGACCCAAUGGUCAACCAACAGCUGGUCCAGGAGUAGGACCCAAUGGUCAGCCCACUGCAGGACCAGGUUUAGGACCCGAUGGUAAGCCCACAGCUGGUCCAGGAUUUGGACCUAAUGGUCAGCCUACAGCAGGCCCAGGCCUAGGACCAAAUGGUCAGCCAACAGCUGGUCCAGGAUUCGGACCUAAUGGUCAGCCUACAGCAGGACCAGGUCUCGGACCUAAUGGUCAGCCUACAGCAGGACCAGGUUUAGGACCCGAUGGUAAGCCCACAGCUGGUCCAGGAUUCGGACCUAAUGGUCAGCCUACAGCAGGACCAGGUUUAGGACCCGAUGGCAAGCCCACAGCUGGUCCAGGAUUUGGACCUAAUGGUCAGCCUACAGCAGGCCCAGGUCUAGGACCCAAUGGUCAGCCAACAGCUGGUCCAGGAGUAGGACCCAAUGGUCAGCCCACAGCAGGACCAGGUUUAGGACCCGAUGGUAAGCCCACAGCUGGUCCAGGAUUCGGACCUAAUGGUCAGCCUACAGCAGGACCAGGUCUUGGACCUAAUGGUCAGCCUACAGCUGGUCCAGGAUUAGGACCUGAUGGUCAGCCCACUGCCGGUCCAGGAUUAGGACCCCAUGGUCAGCCCACUGCUGGUCCAGGAUUAGGACCUGAUGGAAAACCAACAGCUGGUCCAGGAUUCGGACCCAAUGGUCAGCCAACAGCAGGCCCAGGACUAGGACCUAAUGGUCAGCCCACAGCUGGUCCAGGAGUAGGACUCAAUGGUCAGCCCACUGCUGGUCCAGGAUUAGGACUCAAUGGUCAGCCCACAGCUGGACCCGGAUUAGGACCUGAUGGAAAACCUACAGCAGGCCCAGGAGUAGGACCCAAUGGUCAGCCCACUGCUGGUCCAGGAUUAGGACCUGAUGGAAAACCAACAGCUGGUCCAGGAUUCGGACCCAAUGGUCAGCCAACAGCAGGCCCAGGACUAGGACCUAAUGGUCAGCCCACAGCUGGCCCAGGAGUAGGACUCAAUGGUCAGCCCACUGCUGGUCCAGGAUUAGGACCCAAUGGUCAGCCCACAGCUGGUCCAGGAUUAGGACCCAAUGGUCAGCCCACUGCUGGUCCAGGAUUAGGACCUGAUGGAAAACCAACAGCUGGUCCAGGAUUCGGACCCAAUGGUCAGCCAACAGCAGGCCCAGGACUAGGACCUAAUGGUCAGCCUACAGCUGGUCCAGGAGUAGGACUCAAUGGUCAGCCCACUGCUGGUCCAGGAUUAGGACUCAAUGGUCAGCCCACAGCUGGACCCGGAUUAGGACCUGAUGGAAAACCUACAGCAGGCCCAGGAGUAGGACCCAAUGGUCAGCCCACUGCUGGUCCAGGAUUAGGACCUGAUGGAAAACCAACAGCUGGUCCAGGAUUCGGACUCAAUGGUCAGCCAACAGCAGGCCCAGGACUAGGACCUAAUGGUCAGCCCACAGCUGGUCCAGGAGUAGGACUCAAUGGUCAGCCCACUGCUGGUCCAGGAUUAGGACCCAAUGGUCAGCCCACCGCUGGACCCGGAUUAGGACCUGAUGGAAAACCUACAGCAGGCCCAGGAGUAGGACCAAAUGGUCAUCCCACUGCUGGUCCAGGAUUAGGACCUGAUGGUCAACCCACAGCUGGUCCAGUAGUAGGACCAAAUGGUCAGCCAACAGCUGGUCCAGGAUUGGGACCAAAUGGUCAGCCCACAGCUGGUCCAGGAGUAGGACAAAAUGGUCAGCCCACUGCUGGUCCAGGAUUAGGACCUGAUGGUCAACCCACAGCUGGUCCAGGAUUAGGGCCCAAUGGUCAGCCCACAGCUGGUCCAGGAUUAGGACCUGAUGGAAAACCUACAGCUGGUCCAGGAUUAGGACCAAAUGGUCAGCCCACCGCUGGUCCAGGAUUAGGACCUGAUGGAAAGCCAACAGCUGGUCCAGGAUUAGGACCUGAUGGAAAGCCCACAGCUGGUCCAGGAUUAGGACCAGAUGGAAAACCAACAACUGAAGCUCCCUGCAUAGAACCAAUGGGCGUUGACAACAGUAUGAUUAUCAAGGAUACACAAAUGACGUCAUCCUCCUCCAGGGACUUGCUCUCUGGGGCAUCUUUUGGCAGAUUGUUCAAUGAGUUUGGAGCUUGGGUGCCCGAGAGUGGCCACAAGCGAGACUGGAUACAGGUAGAUUUCCUCACCCCAGAAGUUAUCACGGCUGUUAUUACCCAGGGAAGUCCGACAGAGUCCAAGUGGGUUACCAAGUUUAUCAUCUCUACAAGUCAGGAUGGCAUCAGCUACCAUCCAUACUCUGUCACUUCAACAGGAAUACCAAAAGUCUUCCACGGUAAUACUGAUGGUAGUAACAAAGUCAUCAAUCAGCUUGACAACCAGAUUACUGCCAGGUUUGUUCGCAUUAUUCCUGUGGAGGCUGCUCCUGGGGGUGUGGCAAUGAGACUGAAUUUCUUGGGAUGUUUCUCCAGUGCAACUCCAGCUCCAGGGAAAGUCACCAGCAAACCUAAGCCUACCCCAGUACCCAUCACAACCCUGGAGCCAGUUUGUGCUCUGCCUAUGGGGCUUGAGAAUGGUCUCAUUGUGGCUAACAGUCAAAUCUCUGCCUCUUCCUCCAAGAGUCCAAAGAACAAUGCCACCCAAGGUCGUCUCUAUACUGAUGGCAAAGGGAACGCUUGGAUACCAAGACUCUCUGAUAAAAAUCCACAUAUUGAUGUGGACUUCCUAGAGGCCAAAUCUAUAACUGGGGUCACAGUUCAAGGUCAAGGCAAACUUCCACUGUGGGUCACGUCCUUUACUGUAUCGACAAGUUUGGAUGGAAACACUUAUACUCCAUACAAGGAUGAUGUUAAUGGUACAACUGCUAAAAUCUUCCCCGGAAAUAAGAACAGCUAUUCCCAAGUCACCUACCUCUUCAACAGGAAAAUUGUUGCCCAGUAUGUGAGGAUUACACCACUUGAGUAUUAUGGACUACCCGCCAUGAAGUUCAAUAUUAUGGGCUGUAAUCCAUCAGCCCCUCGUGCCACACCCGCCCCAUUACCUGGCAGCCAGGGUGUUCCCACAGCUGCACCAAGUAUGGGAGGUGGGGCCAAGCCCACUGCUGCCCCAGGAUCACAGUCACAUGCCAAACCAACUGCCAUGCCUCUUGUCCCAGGUCAGGGAGCACCAACAGCUGCCCCUCAUGUUGGCAAAUUUGAAGAACCAUCUAAAGUCUGCCUGUCCACAAUGGGCCUACAGAAUCACUAUGUUGUUAGUGACAAUCAGCUGUCAGCCUCCUCCUCCAAAGAUAAAGACCACAGUCCCAGUAUGGGUCGUAUCUUCUCACAGACAUCAUGGAUGCCAAGUACAACAGACAGUACACCUUGGAUCCAGGUAGACUUCAAAAAGCCGAAACUGUUGUCUGGUGUCAUCACGAUGGGAGGUCACCUAAUUCAACAAUGGGUCAAGGACUAUAAGGUCGCGACCUCUCUUGACGGGAAGGUAUUCACCCCUUACAGCGACACACCUGGUGCCGCCGUUGCCAAAGUAUUCAGUGGUAACACUGACAGUAUGACCCCAGUGCGACACCUGUUCAACCGUAACAUCACCACCCAGUUCAUCAGAAUCUACCCACUACAUUUCCAGGGGGCGAUUCCCGCUCUGAGGCUGAAUAUACUUGGUUGUACUCCAGAUGCGCCGGUUCUGCCAACUCCUGUACCAGGAGCAACCAUUAAACCAACUGCCAUGCCUCUCCCAGGACAAAAUGUUAGUCCCACUGCUAAACCGUCAUCUGGUGUGACUAGCAUUCCAACUGUUGCACCCAACACAGUUUGUGAUGUACCCAUGGGCAUGGCUGACAAACAGAUUAUCAAAGACUUCCAGCUGUCUGCCUCCAGUUACCUCGAUCGUUUCCAUAAUGCCGGUCGUGGUCGUAUCUUCACUCAGAAGGAUGGAAGCUAUGGAGGAGGAUGGAUACCAGCUGUCAACAACACCCGACAGUUCAUCCAGGUUGACUUCUUAUCCCCCUACCACAUUGCUGGAAUCACCACCCAAGGCCAGCAGGACAAAGAAUUCUGGGUAACCAAGUAUGAGGUGUACUACAGUCGAGAUGGAAGGACAUUCAUACCUGUGACGGCUUCGAAGACCGACAAAUCCCCCAUGGUGAUAUCUGGUAACUCUGAUCAGAACACACCAGUCACAAACAAUUUCCCUUUGAUUUACGCCAGAUAUAUCAGGCUUCGCCCACUGGAGUGGCACAAAGGUAUUGGAGUUCGCUUCAAUCUCCUGGGAUGUUUGUCACCAACUCCAGCUCCAACCACCAUGGAACCAUUCAUUCCCGGCUCCACCAUGGAACCUUUCAACAAAGUGACAACAAUGGAACCAUACAUUUCACCUUCCACUUUCGAGCCCUAUAUCCCAGGUUAUUCAACAGCAGCUCCAACCUCCUGUCUCUACUGGACACCCUGGAUCAGUACAGUUAAGCCAGACCAGACAGGAGAGUAUGAGACCAUCUAUAAUAUGAAGAACCUCAUACGAACCUGUGAAAUGGACAGAAUUACCAAGAUUGAAUGUCGGGCUGUUGGGUCUCACAUGGCGUUCAACGCAACAGGUGAGAUUGGCAUCAUGUGUGGAAUGGCUUACAAUGGUCUUGUUUGUCUGAACAGCAAGCAGCCCUCUGGUCAGUGUCAGGAUCAUGAGAUCAGGGCCUUCUGUGACGAGUGCGCAUCACAUGUGACGACGACCGUCCAGACACCUGCUCCAAAGGUCACGCCCAACCCAAAUCUGCCCGUGUGUAAUGAGAGUAAGUGGUCGAUAUGGAUCAACAAACAUGUACCCAGUGGAGAUGGUGGUGAGACCGAGAACCUGUCCACGGCAGAGCGUCAGAGCCUUUGUAACGGUGGCCGCAUUACCAAAGUAGAAUGUGAGGAUAUGUAUGGUGUGUCCUACUUCAGCAGUGGUGCCUUUAGCUCUUGCACUCCAGAAAAUGGCUAUGUGUGUCGGGAUGAAGACAAUGCUCCUAUUCCUUGUGAUGACUUUAAAGCUCGAUUCUACUGUGAUUGCUCAGAACCUACAACUCUGGUGCCAGGAUUAGGACCUAAUGGAAAACCCACAGCUGGUCCAGGAUUAGGACUCAAUGGUCAGCCUACAGCUGGUCCAGGAGUAGGACCUAAUGGUCAUCCCACGGCUGGUCCAGGAGUAGGACCUAAUGGUCAGCCAACAGCAGGCCCAGGAUUAGGACCCAACGGUCAGCCAACAGCAGGACCAGGAUUAGGAUCUAAUGGUCAGCCUACAGCUGGACCAGGAUUAGGACCUGAUGGAAAGCCAACAGCAGGCCCGGGACUAGGACCCAACGGUCAGCCAACAGCUGGUCCAGGAGUAGGACCCAAUGGUCAGCCCACCGCAGGCCCAGGAUUAGGACCCAAUGGUCAACCAACAGCUGGUCCAGGAUUAGGACCCAAUGGUCAGCCAACAGCAGGCCCUGGAUUUGGACCCAAUGGUCAACCAACAGCUGGUCCAGGAUUAGGACCCAAUGGUCAGCCAACAGCAGGCCCUGGAUUUGGACCCAAUGGUCAACCAACAGCUGGUCCAGGAUUAGGACCCAAUGGUCAGCCCACAGCUGGUCCAGGAUUUGGACCCAAUGGUCAGCCUACAGCUGGUCCAGGAUUAGGACCAAAUGGUCAGCCCACUGCUGGUCCAGGAUUAGGACCCAAUGGCCAGCCUACAGCUGGUCCAGGAUUAGGACCCAAUGGUCAACCCACAGCUGGUCCAGGAUUAGGACCCAAUGGUCAACCCACAGCUGGUCCAGGAAUAGAACCGGAUGGGACACCAACUGCUGCCCCAGAAAAAUGUACACGAUGGUCAGCUUGGCUCAACAGAGACAAACCCAGCACAGGUUCAGGUGAUCUAGAGUUCAUGACUCCAGAGGAACAACAUACUUUCUGUGGCCAGGGAGUUAUAGCCAAAGUGGAGUGUUACCUGGCAGCUGGUAACACCCCUGCCUACAACAGUGGAGAGAGCACUACCUGUAACAUCAAGACUGGGUUCUCCUGUAAAAAUGUGGAGAACUAUCCAUUCUCUUGUCAGGAUUACAAGAUCAAGUAUCAGUGCAAUGAGCUCUGUACAUUUACCAAGCCAACAGGAUAUGAUCGAUAUUCUACCACACCUCAGCCUGGGCUUGGACCUAAUGGUCAUCCAACAGCUGGUCCGGGAUUAGGACCUGAUGGAAAACCAACAGCUGGUCCAGGAUUAGGACCCAAUGGUCAACCCACAGCUGGUCCAGGAUUAGGACCUGAUGGAAAACCAACAGCUGGUCCAGGACUAGGACCUGAUGGUCAGCCCACAGCUGGUCCAGGAUUAGGACCUAAUGGUCAGCCCACCGCUGGACCUGGAGUAGGACCUAAUGGUCAACCCACAGCUGGUCCAGGAUUAGGACCAAAUGGUCAGCCCACUGCUGGUCCUGGAGUAGGACCUAAUGGUCUACCCACAGCUGGUCCAGGAUUAGGACCUGAUGGAAAACCAACAGCUGGUCCAGGAUUAGGACCCAAUGGUCAGCCAACAGCUGGUCCAGGAUUAGGACCUGAUGGAAAACCAACAGCUGGUCCAGGUUUUGGACCAAAUGGUCAGCCCACAGCUGGUCCAGGAUUAGGACCUGAUGGUCAGCCCACUGCUGGUCCAGGUAUGGGACCUAAUGGUCAGCCCACUGCUGGUCCAGGAUUAGGACCUGAUGGAAAACCAACAGCUGGUCCAGGUUUUGGACCCAACGGUCAGCCAACAGCAGGCCCAGGACAAGGACCCAACGGUCAACCCACAGCUGGUCCAGGAUUUGGACCCAAUGGCCAGCCAACAGCUGGUCCAGGAUUAGGACCUGAUGGAAAACCAACAGCUGGUCCAGGAGUAGGACCCAAUGGUCAACCCACAGCUGGUCCUGGAUUAGGACCUGAUGGUCAGCCCACAGCUGGUCCAGGUUUAGGACUCAAUGGUCAGCCCACUGCUGGUCCAGGAUUAGGACCUGAUGGUCAGCCCACAGCUGGUCCAGGUUUGGGACCCAAUGGUCAGCCCACUGCUGGUCCAGGAUUAGGACCUGAUGGAAAACCAACAGCUGGUCCAGGUUUGGGACCAAAUGGUCAGCCCACUGCUGGUCCAGGAUUAGGACCUGACGGAAAACCAACAGCUGGUCCAGGUUUUGGACCAAAUGGUCAACCCACAGCUGGUCCAGGAGUAGGACCCAAUGGUCAGCCAACAGCAGGCCCAGGACUAGGACCUGAUGGUCAGCCAACUGCUGGUCCAGGUUUGGGACCCAACGGUCAGCCGACAGCAGGACCAGGACUAGGACCCAACGGUAAACCCACAGCUGGUCCAGGAUUUGGACCAAAUGGUCAGCCCACAGCUGGUCCAGGAGUAGGACCUAAUGGUCAACCCACAGCUGGUCCAGGAUUAGGACCUGAUGGAAAACCCACUGCUGGUCCAGGUUUGGGACCAAAUGGUCAGCCCACUGCUGGUCCAGGAUUAGGACCUGACGGAAAACCAACAGCUGGUCCAGGUUUUGGACCAAAUGGUCAGCCAACAGCUGGUCCAGGAGUAGGACCCAAUGGUCAGCCGACAGCAGGACCAGGACUAGGACCCAACGGUCAACCCACAGCUGGUCCAGGAUUUGGACCAAAUGGUCAGCCCACAGCUGGUCCAGGAGUAGGACCCAAUGGUCAACCCACAGCUGGUCCAGGAUUAGGACCUGAUGGAAAACCCACUGCUGGUCCAGGUUUGGGACCAAAUGGUCAGCCCACUGCUGGUCCAGGAUUAGGACCUGACGGAAAACCAACAGCUGGUCCAGGUUUUGGACCAAAUGGUCAGCCAACCGCUGGUCCAGGAGUAGGACUCAAUGGUCAGCCAACAGCAGGCCCAGGACUAGGACCCAAUGGUCAACCCACAGCUGGUCCAGGAGUAGGACCCAAUGGUCAACCCACAGCCGGUCCAGGAUUGGGACCUGAUGGUCAGCCCACUGCUGGUCCAGGUUUGGGACCCAAUGGUCAGCCCACAGCUGGUCCAGGAUUAGGACCUGACGGAAAACCAACAGCUGGUCCAGGAGUAUUACCAAAUGGUACUCCCACCCCGGGUAUGACCGACAUCAGUACGCCUACUGCUGUAAUCACACAGUGUACACAGAGCCGCUGGUCUAGUUGGAUGAACCAGGAUAACCCAUCUAUUGGUGAUGGUGACCACGAACAGGCCAGACAGAGUGACCUUGAGGACUUCUGUAUUGGAGGCAAGGUUGCGAAAAUUGAAUGCUACACAUCGGAUGAGAUCAACCCUAUUCCAUUCUACAGCACAGGAGAAGUUGUCACAUGUAAUCUGGCAUCAGGUCUCACUUGUCUUAAUGCGGAGAACGCCCCUAUACCUUGUAACGAUUAUAAGAUUCGCUACUACUGUGAAUGCUCGCCUCAUGUCACUUCUGCUGUGACACCAGCCAAGGUUCCCACUACCGCCACACCAUUUUUCGUCCGUUGCGGCUGGUCUUCCUGGUUGAACAGUUACACACCAGAAAGCCGCCUAAACAGCGGAGAUUUCGAGACAAUCAGUGGACUGAAGUUGAAGUACGGCCUGUGUAAGGACAUUAUUGAUGUUCAGUGUCGUGUCCAUGGAAGCGAGGCACCUCUGGCUCUUGCUGGACAGACGGGUGUAACAUGUGAUGUGACCAAUGGGCUAAGGUGUUAUAAUCGUGAUCAGCAGAAUGGCCAGUGUGAAGACUACGAGGUCAGAGUCAUGUGCUGGAACAAUGACUAUUGUAACCCAGGAAUGAUCUCCACAACACCAGGGACAAAUAUUGUGGUAGACUCAACCACAGCGGUGUGUGCACCAGGUGAGAGUCUGCAUGCAUGUGCAUACAAGUGUGGGGACAUGUGUGACAGUCUAUCCAGCCUGUCUGACAGCUGUAAGAAUAGCGAUGCAUGUGUGCCUAUGUGUAAGACCGACACUUUUGCCUGCCUGCCCGGAGAAAAACUCAAAGACAAAGGUACCUGUAUUCCUGAGUCAAUGUGUCCAUGCAGAAAACAGGAUGGCUCUAUUGCAAAGCCUUUUGAGACAUGGACCAACCCCUUUGAUGAGUGUUCAAUCUGCCGCUGUUUCAACAAUACUGUGAGCUGCAUCCAGGACUCUGGUUGUCUGAAUACAACACCAGAACCUUCCCCACAACCUGGAGCAAACCCCACAUUCGUCCAUCCUGCUUGUACCUGGACAUACUGGAUCAAUGUGGAUUCUCCUGCCACUGGAAUGGGUGACAUUGAGUCCCUGUCCUCAAUCCGUGAAGGUCAUUCAUUCUGUGAUAACCCCAUCCAGGUUGAGUGCCGCGUUGUAGCCACACACACUGAUGCCACCCUCUCAGGCCAGAAACUGACAUGCGAUCUUCAAACUGGACUCCAAUGCCGCAAUUGGGAAAAUAGCAAUACAUGUAAAGACUAUGAGGUCCGAUUCUUCUGUCCAUGUACAACUCCUGCCCCUGGAUUAGGACCUGAUGGCAAACCAACAGCUCAACCAGGAAUAGGGACAAAUGGUCAACCCACUGCUGGUCCAGGUUUAGGACCAAAUGGUCAUCCCACUGCUGGUCCUGGAUUAGGACCUGAUGGCAAACCAACAGCUCAACCAGGAAUAGGCCCCAACGGUCAGCCCACAGCUGGUCCAGGAUUAGGACCCAACGGUCAACCCACUGCUGGUCCAGGAUUAGGACCCAAUGGUCAGCCAACAGCUGGUCCAGGAUUUGGACCUAACGGUCAGCCCACAGCUGGUCCAGGAUUAGGACCUGAUGGCAAACCAACAGCUGGUCCAGGAGCAGGAACCAAUGGUCAGCCCACAGCUGGUCCCGGAUUAGGACCCAACGGUCAGCCCACAGCUGGUCCCGGAUUAGGACCCAACGGUCAACCUACAGCUGGUCCAGGAUUGGGAACUAACGGUCAGCCCACAGCUGGUCCAGGAUUAGGACCCAACGGUCAGCCCACAGCUGGUCCAGGAUUAGGACCCAAUGGCCAGCCCACUGCUGGUCCAGGAUUAGGACCCAAUGGUCAGCCAACAGCUGGUCCAGGAUUUGGACCUAACGGUCAGCCCACAGCUGGUCCAGGAUUAGGACCUGAUGGCAAACCAACAGCUGGCCCAGGAGCAGGAACCAAUGGUCAGCCCACAGCUGGUCCCGGAUUAGGACCCAAUGGUCAGCCCACAGCUGGUCCAGGAUUAGGACCCAACGGUCAGCCAACAGCUGGUCCAGGACUAGGACUUAAUGGUCAGCCCACCGCUGGUCCAGGUUUAGGACCCAAUGGUCAGCCCACUGCUGGUCCAGGAUUAGGACCUGAUGGUCUGCCCACAGCUGGUCCAGGUUUGGGACCCAAUGGUCAGCCCACUGCUGGCCCAGGAUUAGGACCUGAUGGAAAACCAACAGCUGGUCCUGGAUUAGGACCCAAUGGUCAGCCUACAGCUGCUCCCACUUGUGGAUGGUCUCCCUGGUUAAAUACAGAUAACCCAACAAUCAUGAAGCCUGGUAAGGUAAUGGCUGGAGAUUUUGAGACUCUAUCCAGUCUAAGGAAUUCCUUGCCUCUAUGUAGCUUCCAAAUGAUGACCAGAAUUGAGUGCCGUGUAGCUACUAGCCACCUGCCAUACACUGCUAGUGGAGAAAUUGUAACUUGUGACAGAAUUAGAGGUCUAAGAUGUAGAAACGAAUUACAGAGGGAUAAGAAAUGUCAAGACUAUGAGGUACGAGUCUUCUGUGACUGUAAGAUUAUUCCCACCGCUGGUCCAGGAUUAGGACCUAAUGGUCAGCCAACAGCUGGCCCAGGAUUUGGAACCAAUGGUCAACCCACAGCAGGCCCAGGAUUAGGACCCAAUGGGCACCCUACAGCUGGUCCAGGAGUUGGUCCUAAUGGUCAUCCAACAGCUGGUCCAGGAUUAGGACCUAACGGUCAGCCCACAGCUGGUCCAGGUGUAGGACCUAAUGGUCAGCCCACAGCUGGUCCAGGACUAGGACCUAAUGGUCAGCCCACAGCUGGCCCAGGAUUAGGACCCAACGGUCAGCCAACAGCUGGUCCAGGAUUAGGACCCAAUGGUCAUCCCACCGCUGGCCCAGGACUAGGACUCAAUGGUCAGCCCACUGUUGGACCUGCAUUCUGUGGAUGGUCAGUCUGGAUGAAUGGUAACAAGCCUAAUGAUGUCGCAGAGCUGGAGCUAUUUGUUGACCUACGCCAACAGUACAGAUUCUGUGACACUGAUGAAAUAACUGCAAUAGAAUGUAGGAAAGCUGGUUCCUCAUUAUCUUACACUGAGGCUGGACAGUCAGGUAUUAUUUGUGAUUUCCAUAGAGGAGGACUCACUUGUAUCAACAGCAGACAAGGUGCCACAGGAGGACGUUGCUAUGACUAUGAAGUUCGAGUGUUUUGUGAACCACGAGGAAUAGACUGUUCAACACUACCAAAACCUUCAACAGCUGGUCCAGGUUUAGGACCCAAUGGUCAACCAACAGCUGGUCCUGGUUUAGGACCCAAUGGUCAUCCCACAGCUGGUCCAGGUUUAGGACCCAAUGGUCAGCCCACAGCUGGACCAGGAUUAGGACCUGAUGGAAAACCAACAGCUGGCCCUGGAUUAGGACCCAAUGGUCAGCCCACAGCUGGCCCUGGAUUAGGACCUGAUGGAAAACCAACAGCUGGCCCUGGAUUAGGACCCAAUGGUCAGCCAACUGCUGGUCCAGGAUUAGGACCAAAUGGUCAACCCACAGCUGGUCCAGGAUUUGGACCAAAUGGUCAGCCCACAGCUGGUCCAGGAGUAGGACCCAAUGGUCAGCCCACAGCUGGUCCAGGAGCUGGACCCAAUGGUCAACCCACAGCUGGCCCAGGUCUAGGACCCAAUGGUCAGCCAACAGCUGGCCCUGGUUUAGGACCUGACGGAAAACCAACAGCUGGUCCAGGACUAGGACCAAAUGGUCAUCCCACAGCUGGUCCAGGACUAGGACCAAAUGGUCAGCCAACAGCUGGUCCAGGAGCUGGACCCAAUGGUCAACCCACAGCUGGCCCAGGUCUAGGACCUGAUGGAAAACCAACAGCUGGUCCAGGACUAGGACCAAAUGGUCAGCCCACAGCUGGUCCAGGAGUAGGACUUAAUGGUCAGCCAACAGCUGGUCCAGGAGUAGGACCCAACGGUCAGCCCACAGCUGGUCCGGGAGCUGGACUCAAUGGUCAACCCACAGCUGGCCCAGGUCUAGGACCUGAUGGAAAACCAACAGCUGGUCCAGGACUAGGACCAAAUGGUCAGCCCACAGCUGGUCCAGGAGUAGGACUUAAUGGUCAGCCAACAGCAGGCCCAGGAUUAGGACCCAAUGGUCAACCGACAGCUGGUCCAGGAGCUGGACCCAACGGUCAACCCACAGCUGGUCCUGGUGCAGGACCCAAUGGUCAACCCACAGCUGGUCCGAGUCUAGGACCAAAUGGUCAACCCACAGCAGGUCCAGGAUUUGGACCCAAUGGUCAGCCCACAGCAGGUCCAGGAGCUGGACCCAAUGGUCAGCCCACAGCUGGUCCAGGAUUAGGACCUGAUGGAAAACCAACAGCUGGCCCUGGAUUGGGACCCAAUGGUCAACCCACAGCUGGUCCAGGAUUUGGACCCAAUGGUCAGCCCACAGCUGGUCCAGGAAUAGGACCCAAUGGUCAACCCACAGCUGGUCCAGGAUUAGGACCUGAUGGAAAACCCACAGCUGGUCCAGGAUUGGGACCUGAUGGAAAACCAACAGCUGGCCCUGGAUUGGGACCCAAUGGUCAACCCACAGCUGGUCCAGGAUUUGGACCCAAUGGUCAGCCAACAGCUGGUCCAGGAAUAGGAACAAAUGGUCAACCCACAGCAGGCCCAGGAUUAGGACCCAACGGUCAGCCCACAGCUGGUCCAGGAAUAGGAACAAAUGGUCAACCCACAGCUGGUCCAGGAUUAGGACCUGAUGGAAAACCCACAGCUGGUCCUGGAAUAGGACCCAAUGGUCAGCCAACUGCCCAGCCUACAAUCUGCUCUGAGACUUACUCACCAUGGAUAAACCAGGGUAACCCCAACAUUGAUGAUGGAGACCAUGAGGUGUCUGCCCUGCAGUACCAGAAACAGACAGACUUCUGUAGCUUUGGUACCAUCAGUGGAAUAGAAUGUUGGGACGUGACCCUGGAUGCUCCUUCUGAAUCCUCUGGGGAAGUCAUCAAGUGCACAGUUGCUGAUGGACUUGUGUGUUCCAAUGCUGAGAACUUCCCUAUCCCCUGUACCGACUACAAGAUCAGAUAUAGAUGUGACAUAUGCCAUGUUCAGCCCACAGCUGGUCCAGGAAUGGGAUCCAACGGUCAGCCAACAGCUGGUCCAGGAUUAGGACUUAAUGGUCAGCCCACAGCUGGUCCAGGAAUGGGAUCCAACGGUCAGCCAACAGCUGGUCCAGGAUUAGGACCUAAUGGUCAGCCCACAGCUGGUCCAGGAAUGGGAUCCAACGGUAACCCCACAGCUGGUCCAGGAUUAGGACCUAAUGGUCAACCCACAGCUGGUCCAGGAAUGGGAUCCAACGGUCAGCCAACAGCUGGUCCAGGAUUAGGACCCAAUGGUCAGCCAACAGCUGGUCCAGGAAUGGGAUCUAACGGUCAGCCCACAGCUGGUCCAGGAUUAGGACCUAAUGGUCAGCCCACAGCUGGUCCAGGAAUGGGAUCCAACGGUCAGCCAACAGCUGGUCCAGGAUUGGGACCUAAUGGUCAGCCCACAGCUGGUCCAGGAAUGGGAUCCAACGGUAAGCCCACAGCUGGUCCAGGAUUAGGACCUAAUGGUCAACCCACAGCUGGUCCAGGAAUGGGAUCCAACGGUCAGCCAACAGCUGGUCCAGGAUUAGGACCCAAUGGUCAGCCAACAGCUGGUCCAGGAAUGGGAUCUAACGGUCAGCCCACAGCUGGUCCAGGAUUAGGACCCAAUGGUCAACCCACAGCUGGUCCAGGAAUAGGAACAAAUGGUCAACCCACAGCUGGUCCAGGAUUAGGACCUGAUGGAAAACCCACAGCUGGUCCUGGAGUAGGACCCAAUGGUCAGCCAACAGCCCAGCCUACAAUCUGCUCUGAGACUUACUCACCAUGGAUAAACCAGGGUAACCCCAACAUUGAUGAUGGAGACCAUGAGGUGUCUGCCCUGCAGUACCAGAAACAGACAGACUUCUGUAGCUUUGGUACCAUCAGUGGAAUAGAAUGUUGGGACGUGACCCUGGAUGCUCCUUCUGAAUCCUCUGGGGAAGUCAUCAAGUGCACAGUUGCUGAUGGACUUGUGUGUUCCAAUGCUGAGAACUUCCCUGUCCCCUGUACUGACUACAAGAUCAGAUACAGAUGUGACAUAUGCCAUGUUCAGCCGACCGCUGCUCCUGGAGUAGGACCCAAUGGUCAGCCCACAGCAGGUCCCGGAAUAGGGGCCAAUGGUCAGCCCACAGCUGGUCCAGGACUAGGACCCAAUGGUCAGCCAACAGCUGGUCCAGGAUUCGGACCCAAUGGUCAACCUACAGCAGGCCCAGGAGUAGGACCCAAUGGUCAGCCCACCGCUGGUCCAGGAUUUGGACCAAAUGGUCAGCCCACAGCUGGUCCAGGAAUAGGACCAAAUGGUCACCCUACAGCUGGUCCAGGAUUUGGACCAAAUGGUCAACCAACAGCUGGUCCAGUAGUAGGACCCAAUGGUCAGCCAACUGCCCAGCCUACAAUCUGCUCUGAGACUUACUCACCAUGGAUAAACCAGGGUAACCCCAACAUUGAUGAUGGAGACCAUGAGGUGUCUGCCCUGCAGUACCAGAAACAGACAGACUUCUGUAGCUUUGGUACCAUCAGUGGAAUAGAAUGUUGGGACGUGACCCUGGAUGCUCCUUCUGAAUCCUCUGGGGAAGUCAUCAAGUGCACAGUUGCUGAUGGACUUGUGUGUUCCAAUGCUGAGAACUUCCCUAUCCCCUGUACCGACUACAAGAUCAGAUAUAGAUGUGAUAUAUGCCAUGUUCAGCCCACAGCUGCUCCUGGAGUAGGAUCCAAUGGUCAGCCAACAGCUGGUCCAGGACUAGGACCCAACGGUCAACCCACAGCUGGUCCAGGAUUUGGUUCUAAUGGUCAGCCCACAGCUGGUCCAGGAUUUGGACCCAAUGGUCAGCCCACAGCUGGUCCAGUAGUAGGACCCAAUGGUCAGCCAACAGCCCAGCCUACAAUCUGCUCUGAGACUUACUCACCAUGGAUAAACCAGGGUAACCCCAACAUUGAUGAUGGAGACCAUGAGGUGUCUGCCCUGCAGUACCAGAAACAGACAGACUUCUGUAGCUUUGGUACCAUCAGUGGAAUAGAAUGUUGGGACGUGACCCUGGAUGCUCCUUCUGAAUCCUCUGGGGAAGUCAUCAAGUGCACAGUUGCUGAUGGACUUGUGUGUUCCAAUGCUGAGAACUUCCCUAUCCCCUGUACCGACUACAAGAUCAGAUACAGAUGUGACAUAUGCCAUGUUCAGCCCACAGCUGGUCCAGGAUUAGGUCCUAAUGGUCAGCCCACAGCUGGUCCAGGAUUUGGUCCUAAUGGUCAUCCCACAGCUGGUCCAGGAUUAGGUCAGAAUGGUCAGCCCACAGCUGGUCCAGGAUUAGGUCAGAAUGGUCAGCCCACAGCUGGUCCAGGAUUAGGUCAGAAUGGUCAGCCCACAGCUGGUCCAGGAUUAGGACCCAAUGGUCAUCCCACAGCUGGUCCAGGACUAGGAACCAAUGGUCAGCCCACAGCUGGUCCAGGAUUGGGACCUAAUGGUCAGCCCACAGCUGGUCCAGGUUUUGGACCAAAUGGCCUACCAACAGCUGCUCCAGGAGUAGGACCUAAUGGUCAGCCAACAGCUGGUCCAGUAGUAGGACCCAAUGGUCAGCCAACAGCCCAGCCUACAAUCUGCUCCAUGACCUAUUCACCAUGGAUAAACCAGGGUAACCCCAACAUUGAUGAUGGAGACCAUGAGGUGUCUGCCCUGCAGUACCAGAAACAGACAGACUUCUGUAGCUUUGGUACCAUCAGUGGAAUAGAAUGUUGGGACGUGACCCUGGAUGCUCCUUCUGAAUCCUCUGGGGAAGUCAUCAAGUGCACAGUUGCUGAUGGACUUGUGUGUUCCAAUGCUGAGAACUUCCCUAUCCCCUGUACCGACUACAAGAUCAGAUACAGAUGUGAUGUGUGCAGUGCAGCCCCUACUACGAGCAGCGCAACUUCCAAGUCUCCUAUUGUGAUUCCAGCGCCAGUAUGCGAAAAUCCUCUGGACAAUGGAGCAGUGAUUGACCUGUCCAAUGCUGCUCUGAGUUCCUCAACAAGCCAGACAACUCUGACCGGUCCUCAACACUCCCUUCUCACUGACCAGGCCUGGGUGGCUGGCACCAAUAACAAGUUACAGUGGAUUAGGGCUGACCUUGGACAGCCCAAGGUCAUUAUGGGGCUCCUCACCAAGGGUCAUAAAACACAGCCAUCAUGGGUGAAGGCUUACUACAUCAUGUAUUCCUUGGAUGGUGCUCACUUCUCCUACUACACAGAGAAUGGUCAACCCAAGCUGAUUGGUGGAAACUUUGACUCUGACAGUUCUGUGAAACAGACCUUGACACCAUUUGUCGCCCGCUAUGUACAGGUUAUACCCGCUGUCUGGGAGGGAGACAUUGCUCUUCGCUGGCAGCUGUAUGGUUGUACAGGUUCUCCAACAGCAGCACCUAAUCCAGAUGGUUCAGGAUUACCUACCAUUGUGCCAGCAGGACAGACAGGACAGCCAUCUGUAGCGCCCAUUGGUCAAACAGGAAAGCCUUCAGCAGCACCAGUAUCCUGUGACAAACGCUGGUCGCAGUGGCUCAACCGUGACAAUCCCACAAGUGGUGACCUGGAACAUGAGGCCAUGACACAAGCUGAGAAAGACCAGUUCUGUCCAGGAGGAAAUGUGACUAAAAUCAACUGCAGGACAAAAGAAGGCAUUGUGUUUAUCAGUGCCGGAGAAGUCGCCACUUGUAACGUUGAUAGCGGUCUGACCUGUAACAACGCUGACAACUUCCCCAUCCCUUGUAGUGACUACGAAGUCCAGUACUGGUGUGACUGUGCUGCUGCACCAACUGCCCAACCUAAUGUGGGUAGUUUUGGAUCACCAACUUCAGCACCAGGCAGUCAAACUGGUCAUCCUUCUUUGGCACCAAACAGUCAAACAGGAAUGCCAACACCUGCCCCUGUGCCAUGUGACAAGCGCUGGUCCCAGUGGCUCAACCGUGACAACCCGACAAGUGGCGACAUGGAACAUGAGGCUAUGACACCCGCGGAAAAGAAGCAGUUCUGUCCAGGAGGAAAUGUGACUCAAAUUCAUUGUAUGACAGUGGACGGCAUCGAGUUCAGCAGUGCUGGAGAGGUUGCCAGUUGCUAUGUUGACAGCGGUUUGACUUGUAACAAUGCUGACAACUUCCCCAUCCCUUGUAGUGACUACAAAGUUCAGUACUGGUGUGACUGCGCUGAUCUUCCCACACCUGCACCAUCACACAGUGCUGUUAAUCCAACUGCUGCGCCUGUAACCCCAUCUAACAACAUUCCUACUGCCUGUAAGGAACAGAUGGGCAUGCAGAACCACCAGAUCCGUGAUGACAUGAUAACAGCCUCAUCUUCACGUGAUGCUAACUCUGCCCCAUACAAGGCUCGCCUCGGUGGACCUUCCGCAUGGACUGCUGCCAUUGAUAACAAGGCCCAGUUUAUACAGGUUGACUUCCUACAGUCAUCCCUGAUCACCGGGGUAACCACCCAGGGUCGCCCCAAUGUCCCAUCCUACGUUACCUCAUACUAUGUCCGCUAUUCCUUGGAUGGCCUCAACUGGAACACAUACAGAGAGGAAGGAGCUGAUAAGUUGUUCAACGGCAACUUUGACUCUGUCACACCUCUGACCCACUUUUUCUCCAACCCAAUACGAGCUCGCUACAUCAGAAUUAACCCACAGAGCUACCAUGGAAAGGUCACAAUGAGGUUUGAGAUCCAUGGCUGUUUCGCCUCUUACCCAACUACAACUCAGAGCACACCUGGGAAAGUACCUACCCCUAUCCCUACCAAAGCUGUUGAUGAAAACUGUGUCGAGUAUGAUAACUGGGUAAACAUAGGCCAGCCCACACCUCUCAGUGGUGGAGAUUACGAAAGGAUUGAUGGAGUGAAGGCAGCAUCUCAGCAUUGUCACAGUCCAAUGAAGAUCGAGUGUCGCACGGCCACUGGAGUAUUGUACAACGAGACUGACCAGGUCGUCAGUUGUAACCUCUGGCAAGGAUUAGUGUGUAACAACGCUGACCAGGCAGACAGCAACGGCUGCUUCGACUACAAAGUCAGACUUGGGUGUCUGCGGAACAGUCCUGAGUGUGUUCCCCCGAUCCCACAUCCAACUCCAUCCAUGGCUCCUGUCAUCGGAUCAACAGUGUUUGUUGACCUGAAAUACAACGGUUCGUUGUGUUUUGAGGGCAUUAAUACCGCCCACUGUCCAGUAAAUGGAUGUGCUCCAGGACUUGUCUGUGAUGGCAAGAAUUGUGUGAGAAAAUCAGAAUGUACUUGUCUCAUUGAAGGCAAAAUUGUCAGGCCUAGUGACAUUAUGGAGAAUUCAAAGUGUGAGACAUGUCAGUGUUUCGGUGGACAAGUUUCCUGCCUUCCCAAACAGUGUCCUCUGUGUAUGGAUGGCUACACCAAGGGUUUCAAUACCACCACAUGUGAAUGUUCCUGUGUAACAUGUGAUGCGAAUGAGUUCCGCUGCGGAAACGGCCAGUGUAUCCCUGCUAGUGCCAAGUGUGAUGGAGUCAUCGACUGUAUCAAUGAUGAACACUUGUGUGCUGUUGUGCCCCUGUUCACUCCCCCAGUCACACCCACUGCUGCCCCACCUGGAGGCCAAGGAACCCCCACAGUUGGACCAAAUUAUUCCAAGGUCACGCCCACACGUGCACCAACAAUGCACACAAAACCAGCCACUGGCCAUGACUUGUACACACCUACUGGAACAUCUGCUUGUGUUAGCGGAUGGUUGCCAUGGUACAACGAGAACAACAGAACAGUUAAUGGAGACAUUGAGCCGUCGGCAGCACUGUAUCAGAAACACACUGGAGCCUGUCCUGGAGGAUCACUGGAACGCAUCGAAUGUUACUCAAUUGACAUGAAUGCCCCGUCCUAUUCAACAGGGGAAGUAAUUCAGUGUACCACUGAUGUUGGGCUGAAGUGUCUGGAUUCGGAUAACUUCCCAGUUCCUUGUUCUAACUAUAAGAUCAGAUAUUACUGCCAGUGUUCAACAGCUCCAAACCCUACUCCAGCUCUAACCGCUACACCAACUUCAGACAGCUGCUUCACUACUGUUUGCCAGCCAUUAGUAAGGCCAUUCUUACAGGAGGGUGAAGUUUCCCAGAUUGUGAAGACAGAUGAUGGAUGUUGUGACCGCUACCAAGCUGUGUGCAAGCCUGAUCACUGUAGUACAUCCCAGGUUACAUGCACUACACCCCGUGUAAUGGCUGCCAUCAACCCUGGCGAGUGCUGUCUCCGUUUCAGAUGUGACUGCCCGGCCACCUGUCCUACCCCAACACGCCCAACCUGUCGUCCAGGAUCAACCAUUACAAUGGUAGAAACCGACUGCAACUGCACAAGUUACGCCUGUGUACCCAUGCCUCUUACCACUCCAAAACCCAGUGGAUGUCGUUACACAAUGGAGUUUGUCAAUGCCACUGCUGUACCCAACCCUGCACCCUACCCAGCCACACACCAGGUUGGCGAGACCUGGAAGGACGGACUGUGUAAAACAUGCCAAUGUACCCUUGACAAGGCUGAUGGCACCAGUGAGACUGUGUGUCACAUGCAGACAUGUCCAGACUGUAAACUGGGAGAAGAACGAGUCAAUGCUACUGACCAGUGCUGUGGUGUUUGUAGGUCAGUUGGCUGUGUAGCUAAUGGUCAAGUCUUCAAGGAUGGACAGUCUAUACCAGGAGCUCAGCGAUGUUACUCCAAGGUGUGCGCUUUCGACGUGAGCAGUGCUAGCUAUCUGAUACGGGAAACCCAGCUUGAUUGUCGCACUGACAACCUGCCUACAUGCCAAGGGAACCAAACCAAGUAUGACAGCACUGGAUGUUGCAAGACUUGUAUUGUCAGAGCCACUGUCAGCCAGACGUGUUCAGAAUGCUCACCACGUCUUAUGUUUGGUCAACCUGCUGCCUCCGUAGGAUUUUUCAAGGUCACAAGAAACAGCGCCACUUGUCAGAAUUCAGACCCCAUCCAAGAUCUCACCGAGUGUUCUGGUUACUGCCAGUCACGUGCCAAGUACACAACAUUGAUGCGUGGUUUUGACAACAAGUGUAAUUGCUGUCAGCCUCAGGCCACAGUUACGCGUAACGUAACGCUUCACUGCACAGACGGUACAACGUUCGCCAAGACGUACACAGUACCAACGUCUUGUGGCUGUAGUGCGUGUGCUGGCGGGGCCUAAAAAGGAAAGCCGAAAGGCCCACCUAACGACUGACACAAGGACUAUGAUACUUAGUGUAAUAGUGUAAUAUUUUAAGGGUUACGUUGUAUUUCACACCAAGAUCUGUUGGUGUAAUGAUUAUGCCCAGUUAAUGUUAUUGUAUUUAUUGAGGGCAGCACUGAAUCUCUGUGAUAGAAAUAUUAAGCCCUAAUCCCAUUGUUAAUGUAUGUCACUAUAAUAAAUUAUCUUCAUGCUU